ACAGGGGCACCACAUCAUUUAUCCACCAUGCCAGUAUCAAAAGUGUUUGCUCGUCAAAUUUUUGACAGCAGAGGUAAUCCUACAGUGGAGGUUGAUGUAGAAACAGAAAAAGGAAUGUUCAGAGCAGCUGUGCCCAGUGGAGCUUCAACAGGAAUUUAUGAGGCUUUGGAAAUGAGAGAUAAGGAUCCCAAGUUCUACCAUGGCAAAGGUGUGUCAAAUGCCAUUAACAAUGUAAACAGCGUAAUUGCACCAGCUCUUGUCAAAUCUGGUUUGGAUGAAACUAAUCAAGAAGCAGUAGACAAGUUUCUAUUGGACCUUGAUGGAACAGAAAACAAAAGUAAAUUAGGUGCAAAUGCUAUUCUUGGUGUUUCCUUAGCUGUCUGUAAAGCUGGGGCAGCCAAAAAAGGAGUCCCCCUCUACCGUCACAUAGCCGAUCUUGCCGGAAACAAGGAGGUCAUUUUGCCAGUCCCAGCAUUGAAUGUUAUCAAUGGAGGUAGCCACGCGGGAAACAAACUGGCCAUGCAGGAGUUCAUGAUCCUUCCCACAGGUGCUAGCUCAUUCAAAGAAGCCAUGAGAAUGGGAUCAGAAGUUUAUCACCAUUUAAAGUCUGUCAUUAAGAAGAAAUAUGGCCAAGAUGCCUGUAAUGUGGGAGAUGAGGGAGGAUUUGCUCCAAAUAUUCAGGAUAACAAAGAAGGUCUGGACCUAUUGGUUGAGGCCAUUGAGAAAGCAGGAUACACUGGCAAAAUCAAGAUUGGUAUGGAUGUUGCUGCGUCUGAGUUUUUCAAAGAAUCCAAAUACGAUUUGGACUUCAAAAACCCAAAGUCUAAUCCAGCAGACUGGAUAAGCUCUGACCAGCUGGGUGACCUGUACAGACAAUUCAUUAGUAACUAUCCUAUUGUCUCCAUUGAGGAUCCGUACGACCAGGAUGACUGGGAGGCCUACACAAAACUCACAGGAUCUGUACAAAUUCAGAUCGUAGGGUCAGUAUCCGUACAAAUCCAAAUCGUAGGGUCAGUAUCCGUACAAAUCCAGAUCGUAGGGUCAGUAUCCGUACAAAUCCAAAUCGUAGGGUCAGUAUCUGUACAAAUCCAAAUCGUAGGAGAUGAUUUACUGGUCACAAAUCCAAAGAGAGUCCAGAAGGGAAUUGAUGUGAAGGCCUGUAACUGUCUGUUGCUGAAGGUCAACCAGAUCGGAAGUGUGACCGAGUCCAUUCAGGCAAAUGGGGGCGACCGGCCAACGACCAGCUAUGGAGGACGAGCACAAACUGUCCGUGAUACUGAUGAGUAUUCCUACGACAACUCCUCGUUUGCCGUCGAUUAUGAAGGACUGAGUUCCAGCGACCUUGUUGAAUCUAGUCGCAGCAGAAGCAAGUCCAUCGUCGGAGAAAGAGAGUCCGCUUCUGAUAUUCUAUACCGACUGCGAUACAGUUUUCUUGACCCUGAUCUAGACUCUGAACAUGUCAUAUCCGAAACACAGGACUGUCUGACUGGACAGGACAAGCUCAGGUUCAAGGAGGACAUUUUGGAAGGCAUCCGGGAAGUUUGUUUGCCCAUGAAACAGAAGCUUAGGAUACGGAGAACCAUUUUAACUAAAGCUUGGAUUUUAGCGUACUUUGGAAGUACAGUCGCCUCUUACUUCACGUUUCUGAGAACUCUGUUCUUCUUGAACUUGGUGACUGGGAUAAUUCUCUUCUCCUUCAUUGGCGUCCCUCAGAUUACCACUGGCGAGUUUUUGCUGGACUUGGACGACAAAGGCAACACUUUCGGACACUUUGACGUCGUGGACGGCUUCAGUCUCCCACUCUCCUACUUCCUGACCUGGAUAGCAGUCAAUCUACUCACCGUACUGUACCUCGCCUCAAGCAUGUACCUGCGCUACAGAAGAAGUAAGCUCUCAGACACGGGCAGUGACUUCCCGUUUACGUGGUCUAUGUUUUGUUACUUUGACUUUACCAUCAACACCAAGGCUGGCGUCAAGGACCACCUGAAGGCGUUCUGUACAGAUUUGAAGGAAAAGAUCCGAGAAGAAAAAUCCCUGGAGGUAGUUGCUUGGUUGAAGAAGCUGCAGAUCUACUUCCUUCGGUUAGUCAGUAACGUUAUCGUCCUUGGGUUGUUGGGAGGGAGCGGGUAUCUGAUUUACUACGUGGCCCAGCAAGAACCAGACGAGCGAGAUGUAGAUUUCAACGAAAACCUGAAAGAAUUAGCGAAAGAAAUUUAUGAACGCUAUCGGCUGGCCGCUGUGGUGGCUAUCCUCAAACUCGUUGUUCCGUCUAUCUUCAAACUUUUGGUCAAAAUGGAAAGCUACCAACCACGCACAGAAUUAAAAUUCACACUGGCGAGGACCACCUUCUUCCAUUAUGCCAGUUUGAUAGUGUUUAUUACCUCGCUUACCAAGAAGGCGGAUUGCAUUGACGGGCAAGAACCACAGAUCACAUCGACCCCGUCGUCCGUUCCAUCCAACAAUUCCACAAACAACAGCACUUCGUGCGCCACCAAUCAGUGCUGGGAAAACAUCGUGGGGGAAGAGAUCUUCAAGCUGAUCCUGGUAGACCUCGGGGUGUGUAUAGCGGUAGGGAUCUUGUUUGACGUCCUGAUAGCGGUCUUCGUUCGAACCAGGACCUGCUGCUGCAAGAUGGACUACAGUGAGUUUGUGGUGACGUCCAAUGUUUUGGACUUGGUGUACGGACAGGGCUUGGUUUGGCUGGGACUCUAUUUCUCGCCAUUAAUGGCUCUGGUCGCAGUCGUCAAGUUAUUCAUUGUUUUCUAUUUCCGAUAUUUUGUUGCACGCUUUGCCAACAUCCCACCUAAGAAGAUGUUCCGGGCCUCUAGAUCUGGCAGUUUCUACUUGUUCCUGUUACUGAUCACGUGGAUCCUCUGCUUCAUCCCUGUCGUCUACAUACUGAUCGAAAAAACGCCCUCUGUUGACUGUGGGCCAUUUGCAAAGAAAGACAGGGCUUACAAAGUAAUCGAUUUCCUGGACUCCUUAGAUGACCUUCCCAGUUGGUUGAGCUGGGUAAAGGACGCCCUGGACUACAUCGCCACCGCCAUUGUUAUCAUUCCCGUCAUCGUGGUAUUAAUACUGCUGGUACUGUAUUACCGAGUGAAAUCCAGCUCCUAUAACGCUCUGAUACAGGAGCUCCGCAGACAGCUAGUUUUUGAAAGGAAGAUUGAGAGGAAAAAGGUGUUUGCCAAAGCAUUGUCCGCGCCAGCUCUAGGCAGCCUUGGAAAGACCACUGGAUCAGCUGUCACAGGAGAGAUGUCCAGGAAAACUAGUGCCGUUACCUUCACCGCAUGAAGAGACAACACAUAGAAAGAAGUGCUCCUCACUAUGUAAAGCUGUACAAAGCUUGUACAUUCAGCUUUUUUAUCAUUACAGGACAAGUUUUUAAACAGCAUAAUCAAAUUUCGACAUAUAAAUUACAAUAUUUACAUUC